UACCGGCGCCCGUCCCAGCUGGGCUGCUUCUCCCUGGACGCGCAGCGCCAGUACCACGGCGAUGCCCAGGCCUUGCGCUACUACAGCCCACCCACCGCUGGUCAGGGCCCCAACUUCGACCUCCGAGAGGGGUACCCCGACCGGUACCAGCCGCGGGACGAGGAGGUGCGAGAGGGCCUGGACCACCUGCUGCGCUGGCUCCUGGAGCACCGAGGCGGGGGUCCCGGCUGGCUGGCAGGGGCCAUCGUGACGUGGCGGGGGCACCUGACAAAACUGCUGACGACACCGUACGAGCGGCAGGAGGGCUGGCAGCUGGCGGCCUCCAGGUUCCAGGGGACGCUGUACCUGAGUGAGGUGGAGACGCCGGCUGCUCGCGCGCAGAGGCUCGCCCGGCCGCCGCUCCUCCGGGAGCUGAUGUACAUGGGGUACAAGUUCGAGCAGUACAUGUGUGCAGACAAACCUGGAGGCUCCCCCGACCCCUCUGGGGAGGUUAACACCAACGUGGCCUUCUGCUCUGUGCUACGCAGCCGCCUGGGAAGCCACCCUCUGCUCUUCUCGGGGGAGGUGGACUGCACAGACCCCCAGGCCCCAUCUCCGCAGCCCCCCACCUGCUAUGUGGAGCUCAAGACCUCCAAGGAGAUGCACAGCCCUGGCCAAUGGAGGAGCUUCUACAGACACAAGCUCCUGAAAUGGUGGGCUCAGUCAUUCCUCCUGGGCGUCCCCAACGUUGUCGCUGGCUUCCGCAACCCGGAGGGUUUCGUCUGUUCCCUCAAGACCUUUCCCACCAUGCAGAUGUUUGAACACGUCAGGAAUGACCGUGACGGCUGGAACCCUUCCGUGUGCAUGAACUUCUGUGCCGCCUUCCUCAGCUUUGCCCAGAACACAGUCGUCCAGGACGACCCCAGGCUUGUCCACCUCUUCUCCUGGGAGCCUGGCGGCCCAGUCACCGUGUCUGUACAUCGGGACACACCCCAUGUCUUCCUGCCCACAUGGUACGUGGAAGCCAUGACUCAGGAGCUCCCAUCGCCCCCCAAGACACCGUCCCCUAAGGACUUAUACUUCAGGGGGGCUGGUCCUGUCUCUGUGCAGUUAAAGGCAGAUUUCUAGGUGGUUCUCCCUGCUGUGUCUUUGAGCUGUCACCCUGCCCAGCACCUCCAGUACACACAGGCGGUUUGCUGUUUUA